GAAGGGACUACCUACUUUUGCAGCUACUACUACGACUACUUUUAUUACUUUUUUACAACUGCUACUACUAAUACUGCUACUACUUUUAAUACUGCUUCUAUCGCUACUUAUACUACAUCUACUACUACUUUUACUUCUAGAUUUACUAUUUAUUCUACUACUACUCUAAUCACUACAACUGCUUCUAAAGCUACUGCUACAACUACCACUUCAACUUCUAUACUACUACUACUACUACUGCCACCACUGUUACUAUUAUUAAUACUUUUACUGCUACCACUUCUACAACUGCUACAACCACUACGAGACUACAACUACAACUACUAGUACUAAGUCUACUACAACUAUAAGUACUGCUACUGUGACUGCUAGUACUAGAUAUAUACUUUUUAACUUCUGUUGUUUACUUCUUCAACAAACCCUUCUUAAACUUUGAAGAACUAUAUUUUAAAUUAUAUCAAGCCUGGACUUAAACUAUUGAAGUACAGCACUUUGGAGUUAUUCGAGGAAAUUAGAAAAAAAAAAAUAGUUCAAGAGAGACUUCAGAGUGGACUGUUUUCAAGAUACAUUUUUGGAAUGGUUCAUUUCUAACUUGAAGAAACUACUUCAACGACCAUAACUACUACUACUACUACUACUACUAUCAAAUACAAGUAGUACUUUUGCCAGGUAAUCUAACUGUCAAGACUGGAGACUGGUCUAUCAAUUUUUCAACUCUAAAUACAGAACUGAUUACUACUACUACUACUACUACUACUACUACUACUACUACUACUACUACUACUACUACUACUACUACUACUACUACUACUACUACUACUAUCAAAUACAAUAAGUACAUUUGGCAGGUAAUCAGGACCGGAGACUUGUCUGUCAAUUUUUCAUCUAUAAAUGCAGAACUGCUAACUACUAUUACUAUAAGAAACUACUACUAGACUACUACUACUACUGCUGUUGCUGCUACUACUAUUGCCACUAUUACUACCACUGCUACUACUACUACUGCUGCUGCUAUUACUACUACUUACUACUAUAACUACUUUAACUUACUUUGUACUAAAGUAUAUCGAAACUAGUAUUUUUAAGUUGCCAUGUGGUACUUGAGUAUUUCCACAGUAUUUCUACUUCAUCCGCUCCUCUCUGUUCAAAGAGCGGCCCACACUACCUCAAUGAAUGUGAGGAGUUUAGGAGCCGGGGAGCAGUGUGGGGUCUAUACUUUGAAGUGUGCUCCUGGUUUGAAGUGUUUGGCACCAAAGGACGACCAAACACCACUCCGGACUCUGCUGGACGGAAGAGGGAGAUGUGGGAAUGCCAGGAACGCUGUCAACGAAACGGUACCAAGCCAGACUACAGACGCGGCUCCGACAGCGGCCCCUGAAGAGGCUCCGUGUCGUAAACGCCUAAAUGCUCUACUGUCUGCCCUGGGACAUCAGCUGAUCAGACCUCAGGAUGGGGUCUACCUGCCCAACUGCACCCGCCAAGGGUUCUACAAGAAGAGACAGUGCUGGUCGUCCAGAGGGAGAAAGAGGGGCCGAUGUUGGUGUGUGGAUCCGAACGGGACUCCACUGAACUCAAACUCAGACAGCUGUUAAAGAGAAACAAACAGAGACUUUAAAACAUGUUCUGAAGAUGAAGGAACAACAGAACAGCCUAAUGUGCUACUGUUUUGGUCCAUUCUAGGAUGUGAUGACGUCAUACUCCCAGAUGGGGGUGGAGCAAGAGCCAAUUUUCCCCUUUGAUUACACUGUACUCUCUAAAGAAAUAUCCAAAAUGUUGAACCUGAUCAUUUCUGUUAGUGACUGAACCCAAGAUAUAUAACCACAGAAGACCAUCCAUCAAGUUUCUUCUGCUUAUCCCAGACUUCCCUCACCCCAGACACUUCGGUGGGACCCCAAGGUGUUCCCAGGCCAGCUGAGAAAUAUAGUCCCUCCAGUGUGUCCUAGGUCCUCCCAGAAGACAGCAUUUUAACAGUACUGAUUUGAGGGACAGCAGUAGUUCAGUUGGUAGAGCCAGAGGUCAUAUCCAGCUCCCACAGAUGAGUGCUGUCGCUGCGUCCUUGGGCAAGAUACUUCGCCACCACCUCGCCCCCCAGUGUCCACAUACGCUAGUCUACGAAUGUGUGUGUGAAAGGGUGAGUGGUUCCUUGAUGUAAAGCACUUUGAGUGCCUCGAAAAGCACUAUAUAAAAAUGUGACUAUUUACCAUUUAGAUUAUUGCUGCCCCUUUCUGUAUUAAAUAUUACUGACCUAUAGACAAUAGCUGAGCCAGGAGGUGUCCGCUGUCGAGGCCCCCAGAGAUAAAUUCAGCUUAGGUCCCCCUGAAAGCUAAAGCCGGC